AUGUCGCUCGAAGCUACGAUGAUCAUCGUUGAUAACAGCGAGAGCAGCAGAAACGGAGACUACACCUCGACACGAUGGCAAGCCCAGAUCGACGCAGUCAGCGUCAUCCACACGGCCAAGAUGCGCGCACACCCCCAGUCCGCCGUCGGACUGAUGAGCAUGGGCGGAAAGGGUCCCGAGGUGCUAUCCACAUUCACGACUGAUUUCGGUGCAAUCCUGGCUGGGCUGCACCGCACGAAGAUCCACGGGACUGCGCAUUUCACGUCGAGCAUACAAGUUGCCGGUCUAGCACUAAAACACCGCUCCGAAAAAUCCCAACGCCAACGCAUCAUCGUAUUCUCCUGCUCGCCCAUCGAAGAAGACGAAAAGACCCUCGUCAAGCUCGCCAAGAAGAUGAAGAAGAACAACGUCUCCAUAGACGUCAUCGCAUUCGGAGAACUCGAGUCCGACCAGAUCAAGAAGCUGGAAGCUUUCGUCGAGAACGUCAAGGGCGGCGACGGCUCAAACCUCGCCAUCAUCCCGCCCGGCCCGAACCUACUGAGUGAGGAGCUUCAGGCCUCGCCUAUCCUGGGCGGCGACGGGGCCGGGGCCGGCGGCGCUGCUGAUGGUGGUGAUUCCGGUGGCUUUGAUCUCGAUGCGGUGACGGAGAAUGAUCCCGAGUUGGCGUUUGCGCUGCGUCUGUCGCUGGAAGAGGAGAAGAACCGGCAGGAGAAGGAGAAGAGGGAGCGAGAGGAGCAGGAGAAGAAGGGGAAUCUAGAGGGAAUCCCGGAGGAGGGGUCAUCUUCGAAGAAGGACAACGAGGAUCCAGAUAAGAUGGACACUGCGUAG